AUGAGUGAGGUGGAGACUUUGAUGAAAGAAUAUAAGAGCCUGGUUGAAAGUGACGCUCAACUGAGGUACGCUUGGAAUGCUAUAAAACGCUACAAGUCUAACGAGCCCAUAGAUGCGGAGGAUGACCGCAAGACUAGACACAAGAGAAACAUUAUAGCUGUCGAUGACAACCUGAAGAUCAACUACGAAAUGGUCAAGACUGCGCCGGGCACUUUCAUCGAGAGCAGCCUGUCAGCUUCGAAAAAUAAGGCCAGUAAGGAAAAAGCGUGGAAAGUGGCCAAAACUAAGACCAAUUACUACAAGAAGAGAUUGUCGAACAUGAACGAGCAGUUUUUGGCCGAACAGUUUGAUUCCAAUGGCCCGAACGGCAGCCCGACAAAUCCCACGGAAUCCAGCGUUUCGUCCAGCGACGUCGACUCUGCAUACUCGCUAGAGCAACAGACGGAAUGGUUAUCUGGUCUGCACAGAGACCUGAUACAGGAAUAUAGCCUACUGGUAGCAGAGGAAAAAAAAUGGUUUUUGAAAAAAGAGAUUUUACUGGAUGCAAACGUGAAAUUGGAUCUAUAUGCGACGCGUGACGAGGACCAGGGAAUAGAGCUGCAACCCACGACGGCAGAUGUCUCGGAAAUGUCAGUUUUCCCAGUGUGA